UUUAGAUUCACUAGUUAUUUAUUUGUAUAAAUAUGGAUCUGAAACUUCUGUUACUGUUAAUAUUUUCACCAUAUUGUUUAUGUGAAUUAUCUGAUGUUAACAAUGUGACAUAUAGUAUCAUUGAUCCAACUAUUUUUACAUUAGAGUGGGAACCUCCUGAUGAUUUUGAAGAUGGUGAUAUGUAUCAAAUUAUUAUAACACAAAAUGAAACAGAUUAUUUCUAUCCUACAAAAUGUGGCAACUCCAGUAAAAACUUUGAUAUCAACACUAACCUUACAAGCUAUAAUAUUACAGAUUAUUUAGCUGAUUCUGUGGUUUACCUGACAGUGUAUCAUGUUCGUGAACAAGAUUUAAGUAAUGGAUAUUCUGAUAUAUUCAAGAUGCCAGCACAAAAACCUUAUCAGGAACUGGAUGGUUCAAUUGCGAACAAUUCAACUGACACUGGAACUGAAGUGAAUCUGGAAGUAAUGCUUCAUUGGCAUUACCCUUGCCCACCUGGUGGUAAUCUUUCUUUCACCAUUGAACUAAAUGGAACCUAUUCGGAGGACGCCUCAAUUUUUACGUCAGAAAAUUUACUUGUUCCUUUAAUGGAAGAGUACGAACAACAAUUCGAUUUAUCCCAAUAUUUAAACUACUCAUUCGACUACAACGUCACAAUUAUACCAUUAAACGAAGCGGGGACUGGAUUAGUGUCAGAAUUGAGUUUUAAAACCGAAGAUAAUUAUCCUGGCAAGCCACAAAAUCUGUCGGUGGAAGACAACGGCACCGAAGUGACGGUGAGCUGGGAAGAGCCGGAGGGUAAUUGGGGCAAAAUUGUCAAUUACCACGUGGUGCUGGAGUCUUUGGGUCCGGCUACUGGGGGUUUCGAUUGCGACGAGGAUAAAAACACCACAACCUGGGUCACAACAAAUCUAACUGCCACGUUCCACUCCAAGUAUUAUUACAAUUACAACGUAAGGGUGGCGGCGGAAACGGCGGCGGGCCUUGGGAGUUUUAGUGAAGUCAACCAUCAAACCAUGUCGAUUCCACCGGAGGAGGUCCAAGAAUUUAUUGCAGUGGACACAAGUGAGGAUAAUGAAGUUGAUAACGUCGAGUUAAAAUUCGAAUUGAUGUGGAAGAAUCCAUGUGCUAGUAAUGGGAAGUGGUUACUCACCCUUGAACUAAACGGUCAAUACACUGAAGACCCAUCUAAUUCCCAUAUUCUAAAAUUCACCUUUGAAGACACGACAGAAAAUUUAAACGUGUCCAAAAAUUUAAGAUACUCGUACAAUUACAACGCCACAAUUAUUAGCUCCAACGAAGCCGGGGAAGGUGGCAGCAAAACCAUUGCUUUUACAACAAAGCCAAAUUAUCCUGGAGAAAUAGAAAUAAAAAAUGUAAGUUACAACAACCAGAACAUGAUAAUCGAGUGGGGAGAACCAGAACUGUUGGUGGGGAAAGUAUCAUACGAACUAAAUAUUAAACCUGUACCACUGAAUUAUGAUUGUAACCCUAAUGAUACUUUAAUAAACUUUAAAACGGACGAAACUACAUACGAAACUCCCGUAAGGUCUUUUUAUAGUUACGAAAUUACCAUUACUCCAAAUACCACCGUAGGACCUGGAAAUUCUUCAAGGGAUACAUUCAAAACUCCUCCUAGUGAACCAGACGUGGUGGACAAUAUAACUUACACAAUAGCCAACAAAAGUACUGGGCAAGAUUACGAUACAGAAGUAAGAGUAACGUUCAACAAACCGUGUAGAUUUAAUGACAAGUUUCAAUCAUACGUGAUUAAUUAUGUUGGAACGAGAGAAAACUUCGACCAGGAUAAUCAUACUGAUGAAAUAUUAAAAAUGGACACCAACACUCAUGUUUACUCUAAGUUGAAGCCACAAUACGAUUAUACUGUUAGUGUGAUAGUUAAAACCGACAAUUUUGAAAGCAAUGCUGUACAAGCAGUGUUUUUAGCUCCAGCUGGAGUCCCAAUAAUUAAUAGUGGGAUCAACAUGUCUGAACCAGUGUUAAAAGAGUACAAUUUGGCAGAGUUCACCUUAAAUAAAACAUAUUUUGAUAACACAAAUGGUGAUAUAUUAUUUUACGCGGUAAUUUUAUCACCAAACCCAAUUUCAACGGCAGGCAAGUUCGCGUAUUGGGGCGGAACAAGCGAAUACUGGCCUGAAACUGGAUCCACGGAUGCAUCUUACAUUACUGAGAAGAUGUGGAAUCCUUUUUCCGAUUCUGAGCAGGUUAAAGUUCUUAUUGGUGAGAAUGGAACACUGGCAGAAAAAACUACGUAUUACCUUGUUGUAAGAGCUUUCACUCAAGCUGCCUACAUAGACUCAGACAAUAUUAAUUUUAUAACAGGUGAAAUCGAAUCUUAUUUGGGAAUAAUUUUGGGCGCCACUUUUGGGUCAUUAGCUAUUCUAACUAUUGGAAUUGUAGUGGUUCUUUGGAAAUUAGGAAAACUUCCAAGUAUAUCAUUUCGCAGGUCUUUAACAUCCCCCAAAAAUAAUAAUGUAGUCAAGUUAUUAAAAGAAUACAAUGAGACCGACUUGAAAAACGAAUUUCUUCAACUGAAUAUGGAAACACAGGAUCUGUCUAAAUCAUCAACUGGUGUUGCUACAUUGCCUUCUAACAUGAAGAAAAAUCGUUACAAAAAUAUUUUACCAUACGAUUCAACCAGAGUGAAACUUUCGGAGCAAAUUUAUGAGAAUUUCACGGAUUACAUCAACGCAUCGUACAUAAAAGGUUUUUCUGGAAAACCUGAAUAUAUAGCCACACAAGGACCCCUACCUUCUACAACUAAAGAUUUUUGGAGAAUGAUUUGGCAGGAAGAUGUCCAUCUUAUUAUCAUGGCUGCUCAGUUUCAGGAAAACAAUCAGAUCAAGUGUACGAAAUAUUUUCCUGACUUAGGCAAAUUUCAAGAUGAAGAUGAUUUGUCCAUUAAAUGUGUAUCAGAAUCGUCCAACAAUGUUAUUUGUAACAGACAAUUCGAAAUUCAAAUGAACGACACUAAGCGAACUGUAACUCAUUUGCAACUAUUAACAUGGCCAGAUUUCGGAGUUCCGAAUGGAACAAGCGACGUUAUAAAUAUUUGCAAACAAAUGCGCCAGUUGAACAAGUCAAAUAUGGUUGUAAUUCAUUGCAGUGCUGGAGUUGGAAGAACAGGGACUCUUAUAGCCGUCGACAUUGGUAUGCAAAUUCUCAAUUCAAAACAAAAUGUGGAUAUUAAAAAUACAAUAAAAGAAAUGAGGCAACAAAGAGCCCUCAUGGUACAAACACCAGAUCAAUACGUGUUUAUACACAAAUGCCUUCAUGACUAUUUGAAACAGCAAGGACUGUGAUGUAGAUUUCUGCCAUUUUCCUUUGUAUUAGGAAGAAAAGUAGAAAAUAUUUAUUUUAAAUGUGAUGUAACAGUAUUUUGUAUAAAUUUCAUGGCAAUAUUUCAACUUAAUGAUGAAUACUCAAAAUGAAAUUAAUAAAACUCUGACGUUUUAAUUAAA